GCAUCCUGGGGACCGGAAGGAAGCGGAGGUUUUCGCCGGGGACGGCUGGGGUGCCGGCGAGCUCGCGUGGCCGGCGGCGGACUGUUGGACGUGACUUGUCGCGGAGGUGCGUGGCUUGCGGGCCGUGGUCAGAGGUGGCGGAAGUAAAACCUGCGACGGUGUGUGCGCCAUGGGGAAGAAAUCCCGGCGGCGUGGAGCGGCCCAGUGGGCGUCCGUGCAGUCCCGGGCCGGUGGCCACGUCGGGGAGGAAAAUGAAGAGGACGCGGGGUUGCCGCCCUCACCCGGGAGCGCCAGUUACUACCAAGAUCAGGUAGACGACUUCCACGAGGCACGAUCCCGGGCGGCCUUGGCGAAGGGCUGGGCCGAAGUAGACAGUGGGGACGAGGAGGAUGGCGAGGAGGAGGUGCUAGCCCUAGAUGUUGAUGAUGAAGACGACCGAGAUGGAGAGAGUACGGGGGACGAGGAGGAUGGAGACGAUGAUGAUGAUGAUGAUGGCGGGAGUUCGGUGCAGAGUGAGGCUGAGGCUUCUGUGGAUCCCAGUUUAUCCUGGGGUCAAAGGAAAAAACUGUACUAUGACACAGACUACGGUUCCAAAUCCCGAGGCCGGCAGAGCCAACAAGAAGUUGAGGAGGAGGAGAGAGAGGAAGAGGAAGAGGCGCAAGUAAUUCAGCGGCGCCUAGCUCAAGCCCUGCAGGAAGACGACUUUGGCGUUGCUUGGGUGGAAGCUUUUGCAAAACCAGUGCCUCGUGUAGAUGAGGCCGAGACGCGAGUGGUGAAGGAUUUGGCAAAAGUCUCAGUGAAAGAAAAGCUGAAAAUGUUGCGAAAGGAAUCACCGGAGCUCUUGGAACUAAUAGAAGACCUGAAGGUUAAGUUGACAGAAGUGAAGGAUGAGUUAGAGCCACUGUUAGGUUUGGUGGAGCAAGGUAUCAUCCCACCCGGAAAAGGAAGCCAGUACCUUAAGACCAAAUAUAAUCUCUACUUGAACUAUUGCUCCAACAUCAGUUUUUAUUUGAUUCUAAAAGCUAGGAGAAUCCCUGCUGAAGGACAUCCUGUCAUAGAACGGCUUGUUACCUACCGAAAUCUCAUCAACAAGCUCUCCGUAGUGGAUCAGAAGCUGUCCUCUGAAAUUCGUCAUCUACUCACAGGUGAGGAUGAUGCUGUAAAGAAAGAAUUGAAGCAAAAAGAAAAAUUCACAGUGGCCAAGUCAAAGAAGUCUGUUUCCCAGACGGAGGCUGUUUCUACUGCAGAUGUUUCUGAUGAUUCUGAUUUUAACGAAGCUGCGUUGAAGCACUAUAAAGAGAUGGAAGACCGACAAAAGUUGAAGAGAAAGAAAGAAGAAAGUAGUACUGAAGAACAGGCCCUCGAAGAUCAAAAUGCAAAGAGAGCUAUUACCUAUCAGAUUGCUAAAAAUAGGGGACUUACACCUAGGAGAAAGAAGAUUGAUCGCAAUCCCAGAGUAAAACACAGGGAGAAGUUCCGAAGAGCGAAAAUUCGAAGAAGAGGCCAGGUUCGUGAAGUUCGCAAAGAAGAACAGCGUUAUAGUGGUGAAUUGUCUGGCAUCCGUGCUGGAGUUAAAAAGAGCAUUAAGCUUAAGUAAAAAUUUUGUUUCAAGUUUUGACUGUUUUAGAAUAAUAAAUUUUUUAUUUUUAA